AAGCAUUAGGGUUGAUUGGUCUGAACUGAAUAUGGUCUCCCAUUUUCUCUAAUCUAACUUAAAAAUCUCCAGAACAAUCCCUUUCAUAUUAACUUCUGAAUAAACACUUUCCCCAUCGAGUUAGAUACAUUAUUUCUACCAUAAAAAACACCUCAUGUCCAGAUUUUAACAGCAUAAAGCUACUGUUCUCCAUACAAAAAAUAUGGAGGCUGUCAUAGUAUUUUAACUCUGGUUUUGUCUUGGUUUUCCCUCUUUUUUUUCCUUCUCUAUGAAUGCUCUAUGGUGAAGCUUUAUUUGGGUUGAUGGGAAAGGGGGAGCAGGAGAGGAAGGGCUAUACAAACAUUGGAUCUCUGGUCUAUACUCCCAAGCCAUCCAACGAUGGGUCCGCAACUAAGGUGGUACCUGCAUCUCUGAGGUCUUCCAGGCCUUUCAGGAGGCAUGGGGAAGAAGAUGAACCACCUCAGUGGUUAAAGCAGUUGGAACUGCUAAAAGGACUGCCAGGAGAAGGCCAUAAUAGUGAUGGAGAUGAGUUCUUAUGUAAGGCAGAGCAGAGCAAUGAAAGGGGUGAGGUGAAGGACCCAGAUUUUUGUGCCUUGCAGAGCAGCAGUGAAGAAAUGGGUAUGCCUGCAGAGCAUGAACAUAUUGAAGUGGAUCAAUGUUUCCAAGGAAAACAGGAAGAUGGUGAUGAACCUGAGAUGCAGCAGCCAUGGAAGGAAAUGGCAAACAUGAAGAUGUCAAUGAAGGAAAGGGAAAACAUGGAGGUGUCAAGGAAAGAAAUAGAGAAUAUGGAAAUGUCAAGGAGGCAGUAUUUUGCAGCCUUAAUAGUAGCCAAAAAGAAACCAGGGGAGGAACCAUUGGCACUUGCAGCAGGGCUGAGGUUGAAGCUGCAGUCCAUCUUGGCUAUCCAUUCUUUCUCAAGCUUUGACAGUUAAAUCAUUUCAUUUGAAAUGCUUUAGUCAACAUUUUUCUGCAUCUCAUGCCUUGAAAUUGUAAGUUUGAACUUCUUCUUCAAUGUAGUUCUUACACUGAUGCAAAAGAGUGUUUUCUCUUAUUCAAGCAAAACCCCUUGGUGAGCAUGAUUUAUGGAAUCUGUGAAAUCUGAGAAGUUUUUUCUCUGAAUAUCAAAGUGCCUCAGAAAGUGCAUUUGCUUUCCCA